AUGCGUGAAGCGCGAGCGAGACAUUCAACUAAUAAUCGUGCAAGUUUGAAUCGAGCUGCUUUCAGUUACGAUGUGUCUAUUGACUACAGUAACUAUCAAUGUGUUGUUAUUGGUUCUUUGGACACGGUUUGCUCACAUUGUAAAGCAUUGAAAUACAAAAACGAAGCCAAUGGAUUGUGUUGCGCAAAUGGUAAAGUGAAAUUGAUACCAUUGGAUCCACCACCAGAGCCAUUGUACUCAUUGGUUUCAGGAAUAGAAACAGAUUCCGUACACUUUUUGACAAAUAUCCAACAAUAUAACGACAGCUUUCAAAUGACUUCAUUUGGGGCAACAGAUGUAGUUCGCGAAUUUUAUGCCAACUUUCAAGAUCUGAUGCCAUCUGAUAAUCACAAAAUUGUAAUCAGAGCUGAUAAAACACCUGCGGGUCAACAUGCAAGACGUUUUAAUGCACCAACUACUGAUGAAGUUGCUAUUGUUGUAGUUGGAGAAGACUUGGAAUCCUGUGAUAUUGUUUUACACCGUCGGAAUGAUCAAUUACAACGUUCUGAAACCAACAAAAAAGUCAGUUCAAUGAACUAUUAUUCGUACCGCCUAAUGAUUCAGGAAAAUGAAGACAAUCACAUACUGAAAUGUCGGCGUUUAUAUCACAAAUAUGUUGUUGACAUGUAUGUUAAAAUUGAAACGGAGAGAUUAACAUUCAUCAGGUUGAAUCAAACCAAACUGCGAUCUGAAGAGUACAUUCACCUUCGAGAUGCGAUUACUACUGAUGGAAAUGCACAGAAUGUUGGUCGGAUGACUAUUUUUCCAGCAACAUACAUCGAAAGCCCUUGA